AUGAAGAAAAGAUGUGUGGCUCGGACGGAUGAGACGGAGGUGUGUGGGUUACUGUCGCUGCCAGAUGAGCUGGCUCUGGACAUCCUGGCUCAGGUGUCGAGACUGGACCUCAUUGCCCUAGCUAUAGUCUCCAGGAGACACCGGUACGCCUUUGAAAACCAUAAACUCAGGGCCCUGAGAUAUCAUAUGGGUAACACCGACCCAUACCUGUACGUGUUCAUGCACAUGUAUCCAGAUCCAAGCCCACGGUGGUUCGUCCUCCACCCCGUGCAACGUCGGCUGAAACCGGUCCAUCCGUGCUCGAUUCCGGCCCCGGAAGCAGGGUCCUGUUUCGUGGUGACUGACUGGGGGAUCUAUACGAUCGGUGGACUCGUGGACGGCAAACCCACAUCGCAAGUCAUGUAUUUCGACUGUAUCAACCACGGGGUGUUCCGCGUCUCGCCCAUGAAGAUGGCUCGAAGCGGAGCAUCGGCGAGCCUGAUUGACGACAAGAUAUACGUGUUUGGAGGGUGCUGGGAUGUCGCUGACUCCUCAAACUGGGUAGAGGUGUAUGACAUCGAAACCGGGACUUGGGAGUCCUUGUUUGUGUCUUCCCCGAAGACUCCCCUCAAGAUCCAGCAAAGCGUGGUGCUAGACGAGAAGCAGGCUUACGCGGUUCUGGAGGAGAAGCAGGUUUACGCGGUGGAUGAGGAUGGUCAGUUCUUUUCCUUCUCGCCGAGUAAACGUGAGUUUGUGGCGGACGGAAAAACAGACCCUAACCAAGAGUACAGAAACGAUUGGCUUAUGUUCGAGGCGUUGUUCUGCCGUGGUGUCGGCGGGAGAAUACUGUGGCGUUUGCCGUGCGAGCUGGAGUGGAAGGAAGUGAAGGGGUUGGAAGAGCUCUGUGGUUAUGAGCUCAUCAAAAUCUGCCUCUACUCUACAGAGAGGUUCGCCGUCUUGUGGAAAGCCCCGGAUCAAGGUCCUGGUCAGGUUUUGGAGCUUUGGUAUGGCGAGAUUUCACUGACGAGGCGCAAGGAAGGCGAGGCAUGGGAGGUUUGGGGGAAAGUUGAGUGCUCCGCUGCUGUCCUCUCGGACUCAUCACGUACUGGCUUUAACUUGUUAUACGCUGCUUCUGUCCAUGUCUGA